CUCGCGUCAAUAUUACAACAACGACAACACCAACACACAAACCUUUGCUCCUGCUUUCUUUUCCAUGUGUAUGCCUCUUCGAUCCAUUCUCUUCUACUAUUAAAACCAAAAAAAAUUAAAAUAAUGUCAAAUUCUCACAAUUUAUAAAUCCUUAAAGAAAAUUACCCAGUUUUUUUUUUCUUUAUAAAUAUAAUUUAAAAAUAAAUCCAUAAAAAAGAAAAAAAAAAUUGGCCAUGGAAAUGGCCUCUAGUCCACGUACGGUAGAAGAGAUCUUCAAAGAUUUUAGUGCUAGAAGAGCUGGCGUUGUUCGUGCUUUAACUCAUGAUGUGGAUGAAUUCUAUGGGCUCUGUGAUCCAGAAAAGGAGAACUUAUGUCUAUAUGGACAUCCAAACGAAAGCUGGGAAGUAAAUCUACCAGCUGAGGAAGUUCCACCUGAGCUUCCUGAACCGGCUCUUGGAAUCAAUUUUGCAAGGGAUGGUAUGGAUCGUAAAGACUGGCUUUCAUUGGUUGCUGUGCAUAGUGAUUCCUGGUUGAUUUCUGUGGCUUUCUAUUUUGGUGCUCGUCUUAACAGGAAUGAAAGGAAACGGCUCUUUAGCAUGAUCAAUGAUAUGCCCACUGUCUUUGAAGUUGUAACAGAAAGGAAGGUUGUAAAAGAAAAGCCCAGUGUAGAUAGUGGAAGUAAAUCUAGAGGCAGCAUAAAGAGAUCAAAUGAUGGUCAAGUGAAGAGCAACCCCAAGCUUACAGAAGAGGUCUACGAGGAUGAUGAAGAUGAACAUAAUGAAACUCUAUGUGGGAGCUGUGGUGGAAGUUACAGUGCUGAUGAGUUCUGGAUUGGCUGUGAUAUAUGCGAGAGGUGGUUCCAUGGGAAGUGCGUGAAGAUAACACCAGCUAAGGCUGAAAGUAUUAAGCAAUACAAGUGCCCAUCUUGCAGCAUGAAGAGGAACAGACAGUAAUCUUGUUCUAGAGGCAGACAAUGUAGUAUUAGUAAUGUCAUUUCUUUUGCGAUGUAUGUGUUAAAUACUUGUUCAUAACAAAUGCCUUGGAAGGUUUUAAAGUUUGUCUUCUUUCUUCCCAACUAAUCUUGUGCUCAAGUGGGCUAACCUCUAAAUUUAUGAUAAAUUAAUUAAUACUAUUCACUUC